AUGAGAAUCAAUAUAUCUCGCCCAUUGCAGCUUUUGCAAUGGACUUCAUAUAUUGUUGCCGCAUUUCUAAUACAACUGCUAAUCAUUCUUCCUUUAUCCAUCAUAGUAUAUCACGAUUUUUACCUGCGACUUUUACCUGCCGAUUCCUCUAAUGUGGUUCCUCUUAAUACCUUCAGUAUUUUGAAUGGUGUACAAUUUGGCACAAAAUUUUUUCAGUCCAUCUCAAGCAUUCCAGUGGGCACAGAUCUAUCCCAAACGAUAGAUAAUGGUUUAUCGCAGUUAAUCCCUAUGCGCGACAAUAUAGAAUACAAGCUCGAUAUAAACUUAAAGUUUUACUGUCAAAGUAAAGCUAUAAGUUUGAAUUUAGACAAUUUGUUAAUCGAUAUUUACAGAGGUCCAGGUCCAACCUUGGGCGGUCCAGGAGUAGGGGACAACAAAGAUGAGAAAAUAUUUCACACUUCUAAACCCAUUGUUUGCCUUUCAGUAGCCGAUUCUAUUUCACCUCAAGAAAUUGAACAACUAGGUCCCUCGCGUCUCAAUGUCUAUGGUGAAGAAUGGCUAAAUAGAAUAAGUAUAGAAGACAAAAUAUCUUUAGAUUCAUCAUAUGAAACGAUCUCUAUUUUUUUGAAGACAGAAAUUGGCCAAAGAAACUUAAUAAUACAGCCGGAAAGUGGAAUUACAUUUAGGAUGAAUUUUGAGCAAGGAUUGAGAAACUUGAUGCUUCGAAAAAGAUUUUUAUCUUAUGUUAUAGGCAUUUCAAUUUUUCAUUGCAUCAUAUGCAUGCUUUUUUUCAUAACAGGCUGCACAGCUUUCAUAUUCGUUAGAAAGGGCCAAAAGAAAUCCAAGAAACAUAGCUGA